CUGGGUUGCUCUGGGUAAAACAUGUUUUGUUUAGAAAGCACCUGGGAAGCCUGAAAUCCCAGAAGUGAGUCGGAGGCAGGCGCUGGGGGAGGAGGCGGCUCAGAGGAUGAGGCAGGGACGUGCCCACCGCUCCAGGAGAAAGCUGAGCAGGGGAAGGAGCCGAGGGGAGGCUGGACGCAGGUUUAGGGGCUUCGGGAGUGAAUUAGGUGGGAAAGACUGCUCCUCUGAGAAGGCAGGGACUGUGGAGUCUGGCGGAUCACAUCCCAGCCGCACCUGCCUAGCAUCCUUGGAUCUAAGUUUAAGGAUAGGAAGACUCGUUUAGUCUUUCCUUUUACAGAUGACGACGCUUGAAACUCAGAGAGGAUACGGAUUCGGCCAAGGUCACCCAGCACAUUAGUGACUGGGUUAGAAUUCGAACCCAGCUCCUCCCACCGAAGUCGAGAACUCUUCCCACUGUCCGGAGCUGGGGCUGGUCCUUUCCCUGCCCCAGAUCCAGAUACUGGAGGAGGGUCCUAGGUACAGGGCUGAGGGGCAGGUCCCGGUCUCACCCUGAGCGUAGCGAAGUUCCGGACUGGGGCUCCACUCCCUCCCUCCUUCCUGCGGGAGCCAGGACUGGCCAGAUCUGCGCCGAUUGCCAUGGAGACUGGCGUACACAGGACUGCAGCGCGCGGGGUUUCCGGCUGGCCACCUACCUCUAGAUCUCCGAGACGCCCCCCGGCGGGGCGCCUCCUCCAGUCCUGGAGAACAUCAAGAAUGAAAGCUUUUUUAAAGUGUUCUGAAGGCUUUAUUUUCCUGAGAAAAUAUACAACCAUUGGAAGGCAUGAAAAUUCAGACCUUGUUUUAAAGUAUCCAGAUAUUGACAACCAUCACGCUCUGAUUGAGUUCAAUGAAGAAGAUGGUAGCUUCAUUCUUCAAGAUUUCAAUUCCCUCAGCGGAACCUUUGUCAACAACUGCCACAUUCAGAAUGUAGCUGUGAAACUGAAACCAGGGGACAUCCUGCGCUUCGGAGCUGUGGGGCUCUCCUAUGAGCUGAUAGUGGAAUUCCUACCUCAUUCAACCCACUAUUCACCGGGGCCCAAGGUAUUGGACCUAACCCCAGGCCAUCACUCUACACAGUUCCCUUUUCUCCAUACUCGGCCAAUGAGUGCUCAACGAAGCUGGUCCCAAGAACUGAUGGAAGGCACGCAACCUCGUCCGCCUCCGGAAAAGAGGCCAUUUAGUGCUGGAGGGAGAAGGAUGCUGGCUGUUUCUUCAGAUCCAGUUAGCAGAUCUAUUAAACAAGGUCUAUUAGAUCCUCUCCUUCUGGUGACACCAUUCAAGAAAAAACGACAGGAGAGCUGCCAUGAAGGGAAGAUCAAGGUCUGGACAACUGGAGAAUCCAUCUGGACUUCUGAUGAGGGGUUUUUUAACCCGGAUCGACGGACUACAAUAUCCCAAGACAAGGGCCGAGUUAUGUACCUGAAUCAAUCCCAUGCCGUCAAUUUGCCCUUUCUGGAACACUCCCACCUCAUCAAAAUCCCCCAAGCUCAGCAGUCGCAUUAUAUCAAUAUCCCCAACCUGGAGCAGCAGACUCGCCUGGUCAACAUGCACAAGGAACUCCCCACCCAAGAUGACAUCAUUCAGCACCUGGGCCAGGAAAUCAGCCGCCUAUCAGGCUUCGAAAUAGAAUCCAAACACAAAGACACCGUGAUCGCCAAUCUCCAAAACAAAGUGGCUACCAUGUCUCAGAAGCUAAUGAUAUUGCAGACCACCCCCAGCCAGGCUGCAAUUGGGAAGAGCCAGAUUCUAGAGUUCCCAGAGCGGGACAUUGAUGACAAAAAGUAUAAGAUUCAAUCCUUGAAAGAACAGAAACCACCUGGAUUAGUGCAGCAGCCCCCAUCCGUCAGUAAGCCCCAGCUGGAGCAGUUCCACCAGGUCAGCACCCCCAAUAGUGUGGGCAGCAAAGAUGGCAUCAUUGAGAUCCUGGAACAGGAAGUCAGCCGCCUCUCCAGCCUCGAAGUGGAAUCCAAACACAAAGACACCAUGAUCGCCAAUCUCCAAAAUGAAAUGGCCGACAUGUCUCAGAAGCUGAUGCUAUUGCAGAAGGUCCCCAGCCAGGUCGAAAUCAAGAAGAGUCAGGAGCUCAACCUCCUGGACUGGGAUGAAGAAGACAAAAAGACCACCGACCUCCCAAAAGGACAGAGCAAUAUGUUGUUUCAUACCCUCGCUGAGAGAAACUUGGAGAUUACUCAUCUGAAAGCCGAAUGGGAGAACUUAAAGAAAGACAAGGAGAGGUGCUCAGAGCUGUUGGCCACUUUGCAAAAGGAUAUCGGAUUAAAGGACAUCCUGGUCCAUAAACUAAAGCAGGAGGUGGACAGACUGAAGAAUGAAAACCAAGAGAAGGAUUAUCAGCUUUCAGCCAUCACUUCCAGGUGUUCAAAACUGAAAGAAGAGUUGAAGAAAGACGAGCUAGAAACCAAAAACAAGGAACUAAAAUCAUGCAAAACCUACAUCAAAGACCUGGAGCAUCAACUAAAACUUCUGGGGGAACAGCUCCAGAAGAGCUGCAAUGAGCAAUGCGCCAUCUCCCAGACGCUGAAAGAAAAGAAUAAGGCUGAAGAGAGGCUACAGGAGGAUUCCAAGAAGAAAUUAGCACAGAUUCAUGAGCUGGGUUGCAGACAGCGCCUCGUUAAAUCCAGUUUGGACAAGACAGUGUGUCAGCUGGAACAAUUCCGAAGUCAAAUUAUCGAAGCCAUUUAUGGCCGAGGAAAACUGCCUCAGGCCCGGAUCGUAACCAAUCAGCAGCUGGUAGAGGUGAUCUCCACUGUCAUGGAGGACAACUUCAACUUGCAGCAGAAAGAAAUAAUGAUGAAGAGCUGGCAACAGAACUACAGGGAGGAAGCGCUCUUGGCCCACAGAGACAGGCUGAAGACCUUCUUUGACGACUGCCAGACUUGCUUGAAAAUGUCUUGCUGUGGCAAUGACUUGAGAAAGCAGCUCAGUGACCUUCAGAACCUCCCCGUGGAGCCCUCUGGGAUGUGGCUACAACAAGCCAUCGUGGAGAUCCUGAAAAUUGUGUUGUGCUGGGUGGAGGAGAUCGAGCAGCUCCUGAAGGAUGUGGGCAUUGAGUUGUCCAACACCGACAAAGGAUUUUCCUUGUACUUGAUUAAGUUUCUGGAAAAUCAUAAGAAAACUAUGAAGAAGAACCAGGAGCUCCAGGCCAAGAUCAAUAGCAUCCAGGAGUCUUACCAUACCCUGCUGCAGAAGAUACAUGACCAAACCUUAGAGCACGAGAAGCAGCUGCAGGAAAAGAUCAAGCAGCUACAGGAAAAGCAAGAAGAGGAAACCCAGGUUUGGAAGGACAGUGUGACCCAAGAGAAGAACAAAGCUAAGGCUGCUGUGGAGGAAGAGAAGAAAAAAGUCCAAGAUCUUGAGAACCACCUAAGGAAGCUGAAACAGGAAAUGGAAUCUAAAUCUGAAGAAGGAGGAGUUUUAAGCUCUCACUUAAACGAGGCACUGACCUUGGUAGAAGAAAGCCAGCGGACAAAUUCUGUGGACCAGAAAGAAAAAGAAACCCUCACUCUGAGACUGAGCAAAGCCCUAGACGAACUCAGCGAAGCCAGACAGAAACAAAUUCUUUUGGGGGAACAAAUUUUGGAGCAGCAGGAGACCCUCAAGAUUGUGCAGGAGAACAACAACCUUCAGAAAAGAAGCCUGGAGAUAGAAAUCAUUCAGUACAAAGAACAGGUCCGCCAGCACUCUCAGACCAUCGUUACUUUGGAAGAGAGGCUACAGAAAGUGAACCAGCAAAAUAAGGACAUCGAACAGAAGAUUUUCAGCCUCAAGGAAAAUAUACCAGUUCCAAAGGAAAGAAAGAAAGAUGGCUUACUAAAGAAUCUUACCACUGGAAGAUCCUAUGAUCACCUAAUGGAAGAAUUCAUGGUUGCCCAGAAACAGCUCCUCUCCCAACAUGAGCUCAUCAUCGCUCUGAAAACAGACCUUAACAGAGGCCAAGCCAAGAUGACUGACCUAAAAGCUGAGUAUGAUAAGAACCUGAAAACAGAGAUCGAGCAGAAUGUCAUCCUGAUUCAGCAACAGGAGAAGGAGAUGAUUGUGCUACAGGACAAGCUGGUCCAGAUUUCCAAUCUGGUGGAGAAGAAGAACAAAGAGAUCGAAAGUUUAAAGGCUGCUCUAAAGAUCUCCAAAGAAGCUGAAAAGGCCGCCAUGCUAAAUUGCGACGUGGGGAUACAAGUAGAAAUUGCUGAAAAUGACUUCUACUUCUUUAACCAGGAGGCUUCAUCCUUCAUUGAACUAGGGACUAAAUGCAAAGGGUUCCGCCACGAGGAGAUCAUUCAGCGCCAGAAAAAGGCUUUGUCGGAACUCCGGGAGCAAAUCAAGGAAUUAGAAAAGACCGGUGUGGCAAGUGCUGGAGAUGUGGGGUUGGAGUCAUCUCUUGAGUCUAAGAAGUCCAAAUUGGGGAAAAAUCCCAAAAUAUCGGAGAAGGACGCAGGCUUACCAUGUCUGCCAAACAUCGAUCAACGAGUGGGAAACAAAACAAAUUAUUCUUUGCCUUCAAGUCACCUGCCCAACUUUUCUACAGAGAAGUUAUCAAAGUUGGAUUUGGUAGAGGCUCUGGAUCUCAGCGAGAAGCUGUACAUGGAUAUGAGUAAAACCAUCGGCAGCCUAAUGAGCAUCAAGGAUAUGUCGGGACACGUGUCCAUAAAGUUCCUUCCCCAGAAGGAGCGGGAGAGGAUCGGCCAGCUACGCCAGAAGGACCUGGACCUGGUGUUCGAUAAGAUCAGCCAGCUCAAGAACCGGCUGGACAGGAAGGAGGAUCUUCUGCGAGAAUACGAGAGAGAGAACGAGGCUCUCAGGCAGAGUAAAAUCCCAAUGCAGGUGUACCAGGAACAGAUGAACAAACUAGAAGACGAAAUCUACAAGGAGGCAGAAGAGAAGGCUCUGCUCAAGGAAGCCCUGGAUAGGACUGAGCAGCAGCUCAGCCUGGAGAAGAGGAUGAACCGCUGCAUUAAGCAGCAGAAGGAACGGCUAGAGGAGCAGGAGCAGAGGGGCUUGAAGGAGGCAUCCCCUUCCAACUCUAUCCAUAAAGAGAGGCAGUUCAGGCUGCACAGGAAACACUGUGUGUCUGACAUCUCUGCCAUAGACAGCUCUCAGACUAGAAGUUUCAGCAAAGUUCCCACCUGCAUGGACAGAGAGGGCGUCCUCCUCAUCCAGGAGUUCCCUUCGCUGUUUAAAAGGAUGGGUCCAGCCCAGGUCCAGGAGCUCAAGACCAAAAAGAUUGUUCUCAAGACAGACCAGGAGAAAGACCUGUCCAGCAAAGAGCUGCCACACAGAACCGUACUGGAAAUCAUCUUCCCCAAAACAAGUGAAAAGAAUUAGCAAGUUGUGCCUCAAUACACUUUCCAAAUCA